UAACGAUUGAACACUCACAAUUGACACUUUAAACCCAAGACCAAGCGUCAGUCUCGUGUCGUUUUUCAAUGGGAACGCGCGCCCUGGUUCCCCAAUAUUGAUUCAAGUCAUGGCGGAAAACUGCAUCAGCUACGUUCCUACAACGGAGGAGUAUUUUUCCGAAUACUCAACGGCGCUAAUUAUACUGCUGGUCAUUUCCGGGUGCCUUUUGUUGUUGGUUUCCGGUCUAUAUUAUCAAAUUGCUAGGAUCAUCCUCGACAGCUAUGCCAGGCUGUGUCAGGUCGAGCUAAUCAUCGCCAAUGGAAUUUACGCGGUGGUGGUGGCCUUCUGCAUUAUCUCACUGGCCGUUCCGGUGCUAUCGGAGCAAUUCAAUCUCGCGACACUCAUCGUAUUUUCGUGGUGUAUAUUUGCACUGUACAGGUAUAUCGUGCUAACGGCUGGCGGGCAUGAUGCCUUGCGACAGAUGUUCGAAUCGGGCAGCAACGAACGGUUGGCUACCGGUGGAUUAGUAAGGCGUUUGUUGUAUCGAAUUUUUGGUGGUUACAACUUCACACGGUUCAGCAUCGUUCAAUUUCCAGUCGUCAGUACCAUACUCUCAGUGGUACAAAUUGUUCUGCACCUGGUCGAUAUAGAUGAAUACUACAAACACAUCUACACGUUUCUGGCAAUUUCGAUUAUUUCGAUUCUGUUAUACCUGAUCGCGUUCUCUCUCCUGGUAAACCUGAUUGAGCCGAAGUUUCCCGAUUCAAAAAUUGCGAAAAAGUUCAAAUAUCUCCGACUGGUUGUGCUGGUGAUCAAAAUCCAGAUCCAGAUCUUGGAAGCGAUCUUCCGUGGGGUGGACAUCCAAUGCAACGAUUUUCCCGGCGAAGCAUGGUCACUUCUUAAUCUCGUCAAACAACCUCUUAUAGUGGUUCAGAUGAUAGUACUGGCUUUUGCCACGUGGACGGUCUAUCGAAAGGAAACCAAACUAAACAUCGCUUCAAGUGUGUCAUAGAGUAAAAUCUCAUGUAAAUAGAAGGAAAACUAUAUCCCUGUGUAUUCGCAA